CUCAGAGUGGCAGCACACAACAGAAACAGCAGCAGCAGCAGCAGGCGGCAGCUCGAAACAAAUAUUAUUAACUAAAAAUUCUAACUAACGGUACUUAAAGCCUCUCUCUCAAACUGUCUCUCUCUCUUCCUGUCAACGCGAUCAGUAUUAACAUUUAACGGUAACUAAACAAAGCCACAAGAAAGUGCUGGUUCGCGAUUGCAACAAGUUGUUGUUGGUGUUUUCGUUCGUUUGUCAUUUGUUCGAAUAUUGAAUUUCAAAUUCGAUUUUCUAUUCAAUUUCAAUGCGUUCUAUGCGGAAACGGAAGCCGGUCGACCACUCGGCGUAUGUGUAAUAAUUUCCUCGAUGGGAAAACAGUUUUAUAGUUUCGGAAUACGUUUGGGAAAGACAUUCUUUGGUGACAUUUUCGGAAAAGGGUUUUGAAUAAUUUCGCAGCACGUGCUGCAGAACAAUAAGCUCUCUAUCCGCGUGUGUUUGAAACGUCCUUGUGCCUCCUACUACUAUACAUAUACACAUACUACGCCUUACAUAUACACACACAAACACACACACACAAGAAACGUGCGUAAGUCAUUACGUCGUUAGUUUGCUUUGGGCUUUGCGCAAACGCCAAAAAAAAUACAACAAACAAAAAACAACGUCCAGAAAUAAAGGAAAAGCAAAAAGCAAUUUAGCAGAGAGAACUGUUCAGCAAGUUCAAGUCUAAGGACACACACACACACCAUAAGAACAGCUGUGGCAAGGACGAAGCCAACAAAAAAUGACGACUACAGUCAGGCCUGAUUAUAGCGACAACAAGAACAAGAACAACCAGGAGCUGUGCCAAAACGGAAACGGAAAACAGCCGAACCACCACCCGCAUCAUUGAAAGUGAAACUUUGGAACGUUCUUUCGGCGAAUUUGGUGGUCGCCCAAAAACCGCAUUGGCCGACGUGCUGGAUCACAAGCGCCGCCUAGGGCGCCAGACAGGUGCAGCAGCAGCAACAGCAACAGCAACAGCAGCAGCAGCAGCAGUAACCGCAGGAGGAGCCACAUCAGCAGCCAGUCAGCCCCGCAAGUCGAAACUCCUCGUCGAGCGGAAAGUCGGGAAAACUGACAGCAACACUGACAGCGCAACAGAAACUACAGAAGCUCCGGCUACGACAGCAACAUCUGCAACAUCAACAGCAGGCGCAGCAACAACAACAACAACAACAGGGGGAACAACAGCGAGUGCAACUGCAACAACAGCAGCAGCAAUCCAUACAACAAAAAUCAGCCAAGUGAGGCUUAAUAACCCAGCGACAACAAGCAUGUUACUUUUGCAACCCAAUAGCUCCUUUAGUUCAUUGUCGCCCUUUGAUAAUUUCUCCUCGCAAUCCGCGACGACGACCACAACGUCGUCGGUAACCGCAGCAGCAGCUGGACACCAUCAUCUUCAGCAGCAGCAGCAGCAACAUCAUCAUCUCCAACAGCAACAUCUGCAGCAUCAGCAGCAGCAACAGCAACAGCAGCAGCAGCAGCAACAACAUCAUCAUCAGCAGAUCCUAAACUCCCAACAACACCUGCUAAAGACCGAGUCACUGCUCUCCCAUGAGGAGGAUCAGUUGAUCAGCAACCUGAACGACGUGGCCGGAUCGCACAGUGAGCUCUUCUCGGAUCUCUUCUUCCCCUCGGACUCGAACAACUCGCUGCUCUCGCCGACGACCAGCGGCUAUCCGGAUAAUCCAUCUGGCGAGGAUCUUACCAGCUCCAUCGAGAACCUCACCAAGCUCACGUGUCUGCGGGACAAGCGGCUCUCCUCCAUUCCCGAGCAGCAGCUCAGCUCUGAGCAGGAGCAGCAGCUCUGCCUGCUCAGCCUUCGCUCCAGCAGUGAUCCAGCCAUAGCCCUCCACGCCCAACAGCAGCAGCAGCAGCAGCAACAGCCCCAGCAGCAGCAGCAGCAGCAACAGGAGCAACAGCGGCAACCCGGUUCCGGCCAAAUCCAGCUGAUCUCGCCCAUCGGUGGCCCUCUGUCCUGCGGCAGCAGCCUGCCCAGCUUCCAGGAGACCUACUCCCUAAAGUACACCAGUAGCAGCGGCAGUAGUCCCCAGCAGGCCUCCUCCUCCUCGACGGCGGCUGCCACGCCAACCGAUCAGGUGCUGACCCUCAAAAUGGACGAGGACUGCUUCCCCCUGACCAGUGCCGCCGAGGUUAUGUCCGGGUGGAAUGCCAGCCCGGCUCCAGCUCCCGCCCAGCUCCAGCAGCUCCACACGCUCCAGACACAGUCCCAGUCCCAGUCCCAGAUGUCGCACUCACAUCCGCAUCCCAACAGCAGCAGCAGUGGCAGCAACAACAACAACAACGGCGGCAGCAGUGGCUACAACUACCACGGACACUUCAAUGCCGUCAAUGCCAGCGCCAAUCUCUCGCCCAGCUCCUCGGCCAGCUCCCUCUACGAGUACAAUGGUGUCUCCGCUUCCGAUAAUUUCUACGGACAGCAGCAACAGCAGCCAAACUAUCAUAACUACAAUUCACAUAAUGGAGAACGCUACUCGUUGCCCACCUUUCCCACCAUCUCGGAACUGGCGGCGGCCACAGCUGCUGUGGAGGCGGCGGCAGCAGCCUCCAUUUCUGCUUCAGUGGGGCCGACGCCGGUGCGUCGAUCCUCGUUGCCUGUGCAGCGGACAGUCUCACCCGCCGGUACCUCCGCCCAGAGCCCCAAGCUGGCCAAGAUCACGCUGGGUCAGCGGCAUCACGCCCAUGCCCAUGCCCACGCCCAUCCUCUGCAGUUGAGUUCGGCGCCCAAUUCGUCGGCCAGUUCUCCGGCAAGUGCCGCAGGGGCAGAUCUCCAGGCGGGACGACUGCUGCAAGCGGCCUCCCAGCUGUGCGCCGUCUGCGGGGACACUGCCGCCUGUCAGCACUAUGGCGUGCGGACCUGCGAAGGCUGCAAGGGAUUCUUCAAGCGGACGGUGCAGAAGGGCUCCAAGUACGUCUGCUUGGCGGACAAGAUGUGCCCGGUGGACAAGCGGAGACGCAAUCGGUGUCAGUUCUGUCGCUUCCAGAAGUGUCUGGUCGUUGGCAUGGUCAAGGAAGUGGUUCGCACGGACUCCCUCAAAGGACGUCGGGGUCGUCUGCCCUCAAAGCCGAAAUCGCCACAGGAGUCGCCGCCAUCCCCACCCAUUUCCCUGAUAACGGCUCUGGUGAGGAGCCAUGUGGACACCACGCCCGAUCCCUCGUGCCUGGACUACACCCACUACGAGGAGCCGUCGAUGAGCGAGGCGGACAAGGUGCAGCAGUUCUAUCAUCUGCUGACCAGUUCGGUGGAUGUGAUCAAACAGUUUGCGGAGAAGAUACCCGGCUACUUGGAUCUCACGCCUGAGGAUCAGGAGCUGCUCUUCCAGUCGGCCUCCCUGGAGCUGUUCGUCCUGCGUCUGUCCUAUCGCGCCCGCAGCGACGACACCAAGAUGAUCUUCUGCAACGGCACCGUGCUCCAUCGCAGUCAGUGCCAGCGAUCUUUCGGCGAGUGGCUGAACGACAUCAUGGACUUUAGUCGGAGUCUUCACAGCCUGGAGAUUGACAUAUCAGCUUUUGCCUGUCUCUGUGCCCUCACGCUGAUCACAGAGCGGCAUGGCCUGCGUGAGCCGAAGAAGGUGGAGCAGCUGCAGAUGAAGAUCAUUGGUAGUCUGCGCGAUCAUGUCACCUACAAUGCCGAGGCCCAGAAGAAGCAGCACUACUUCAGCCGGCUUCUGGGGAAACUUCCGGAGCUGCGAUCCCUCAGUGUUCAGGGAUUGCAGCGGAUCUUCUAUCUGAAGCUGGAGGAUCUGGUGCCAGCGCCAGCCCUCAUCGAGAACAUGUUCGUCACCACAUUGCCCUUCUAGGCAGUCCAAAUCCACAUCACAACAUUGCUUCCUUCAACCUAGACCUAAGUUAGACCCACUAAGAACUAGGUAAUCCAUAACUAGCUUUAGUAGAAACCCCAAUAAAAAAAUCAAAGAAAAGAAAAAAAAAAAGAAAACAAAAAACCCAGUGAGUGCAAGUAUGCAGCAGACCCAGGCCAUAUCUAUAGUUCGAGGAUAGAUAGUUAGACAACCAUCAUCCCCUUCGGAUAAUUACGGACAUGAAUAUUUGAAAGAGUUUCGUAAGGAGCGGAGUGCAUUGCUGGCUCCUUCGUGACUUGUCAGCGCCCAAAGGAAAUUACAACUUGUUGACGUUAAUUGUUCAAAUUGUUUAAUUUCAACUGUCAAAAUCAAUAGGCGUGCACGCACAAGACCCACGGACUUCAAUGGCUUCAAUGGCAAACACUUUCACAGCACAACCCUUCCGACUCAGCUCUGAGCUUGCUCAACAUUCAUUGUUAACCGACCGACAAAUCGACAGACAGACACACGGACACACAGCCUGGACAGUACGCUCUUUUGCCUUUGUUUUUGCUACCUUCUAGUCAAUUGUUUUAAGCGUUACAAAACCACAAUUAGAGCUAUGCGAUUAUUAUUUGUAGGAUAUAUAUGAGCCCUUAGAAAGGUCCCUCCAGAAUAAGUGAAAAAAAUACUAAAUAAUAGUUGAAUGGCCAUAAAUUGGAGACAUUCAAUAGCCAAUAACCAUGUUUUGCUUUCUUAAUGUUUUCCUCUUUUAGGAUAGAACAUCCAGUUUGUGAAAAUCAACUAUCAGAUCAUAUCAUAGAAAUGCCAUGCUUGCCCUCUAGCUAAGAUAAUUCCCAACCAUUACCCCAACCAAGUAUUUCUGUAAAAUCUAUAGAUAGGUUUAGAUAUAUAGGAUAACACUAGGUAUACUUUGGUUCAAGUUAUGUAUCAACAAUGCACUCAACCAGUGCACAUUGAGAGUUUAAGUACCUUUUUGUGAUGAUUGUGUCUGACACAGAGAGUUGUUGCACACAAACACACACAAAUCUAGCCGAUAAGAAAAGAUAUAUCUGUUAAUCUCUAGAAUAUAACAUAACCUAAGUAUUUCGGUAGCGUAGCCCAAAACCCAUAUGUGUAUAGUGUGUACGUUCCAAACGAGAAACGAUAAAAAAAAAACAUAAAAAACCUUAUUUAAUCUUAGCCACUCCAACUGAGUUCUCAAAGAAAAGGCAAAUGGAUCGAUCGAUCCGUUUGCCACUCUCUCUAUAUGUGUGUUAUUUCGAUAGGAAACCCCCUCUAUGUGAUUUUGUGAUAGAUUGGCAUUGAACUCAACUCUGAAUAUAUAGUAUGUCUAUGUCUAUAAUACAUAUACAAUACAUGCAUAAAUUUAUAUAUUUUGAUGUCUAACUUUUGUAUGGUUUAUUUUAUACGUACAACUUUUCUUUGAUAACAACAAAAACAAAACAAAAAAUUAAGAUCGUUAGCUAGCAAGAAAUAUUUAAUAGUAUAUUUCGAGGAAAUUUCAAAGUACAGCCUUUAGCAACUUUCCAAUUAAUGUUUGUAUUAAAGGAAAACAUUUUCUAUGUGUAAAAUUCAAGACUUUUAUAGAACUAAAAUGUUAACUGAAAAAAGGAAAAAA